AUGAUGUCCUUUAGUGCUACUGGUGUGGAAGUCAGCCCCUUUGUGCACAGAGUCUGUGCAGGCUCCCUGCUGUCAGCAGAGAGAGGUCCCCAGGUCCCACGAGGAGAGGAUCUUGCCAGUCAGGACUCCUGGGCCCAGGCAGGAAAGGCGGAGGGGCAGGAGAGCACGGACAGAGUGCACGGCGCCCAGGAGUUCAGGUGGAAGGAGUUGGCUGCAUGUGAGAGAAAGUGGCACUCCUCACUGGAGAGGGCGUCUGAAGUGGCGGCAGCGACAGCGGAGGAAUGGCAGCCUCAGAGGGAUCUGCUGAAGGAAGCGGUUCCUCUGGCCGUGCCAAAGGUUUUCCGCCGGCAGCGGCCAGCCCACAGGGGCCUGGAGAAGCUGCUGCAGGAGUUCUCCUGCCAAGGGCACACCCUGUCCCAGGUGUGCAGAGAGAAGGCAGUGCUGGCACAGGAGAAUGCUGCCCUGGAAGCCCGACUGGCAGCCACGGAGCGGGACUUGCGAGGCCUUUCAGAGCAGCUGGCAGAGGCCAGGUCAGAGAAGGAGAGCCUGCAAAGCAGCCUGCUGGAGGCUGAGCAGCACAUAUGGGAGCUGGAGAUGGCCAGGAGCCGUGUGGAAGCCCAAGUGCACAGGGCCAGGCAGGCCAAGGAGGCGAUACUGGAGGAUGUGAGGGGCCUUCGUCGUGAGCUGCUGGCUGUAAGAGCUCUCAGCCAGCAGCAAUGUGAAGACAUGGCUGAACAGCUCCGCUGGGCACAAGAGCAGUGCUGCAAGGCUCUGAGACUCUGGCAGUCUGCCCGGGAAGAGGAAAAAAGGAAUCUCAUGCAAGAACUGGAGAGACAACUGGAAGAGCAGCAUGUGGAGGCACGGAAGCAGCUGGAGGAACGGGCAAACUUCCUGGCAGAGACCUCCUUGCUGUAUUCCACGGGCGGGGAAAUGAAGAAGAGAUCAUUGGGAAAAUCUUUGAUUCCCCGUCUGCGCAAGGCAGGAAUUCCCCCUGUGGGCAGUGCUGCUGGGUCUGUGCACAGCUCUCCCCAGAUGCAGGAGUCCCAGGAGAUGAGGCCAAGACCCAGCAGCAGAAGCCAGGAGAAGACCCCGGAGCAUGCAGCUCUGACUGGCUACCCUUCUGCCACGAAUCUUCCUCAGACACAUCCCGCUUCACUGCUUCCCUUGAAGCCUUUGCCUCCCAUCCAAGAGAGCUCAUCCAUCAAUCUCAGCAAGAUGUAUGAUGGGGAGGAAGGGAAAAGGAAAAGUAGCACUGACAAUGAAGAUAUCAGAAGAAACAUCGCGGAGCAGUGUUCAGAGGGAAAAGGACAUAAGACAUCCUUGCCUUCUCCUGGCAAAGAAAUGAAGAAGAGAUCAUUGGGUAAAUCUUUAAUCCCCCGUCUACGCAAGGCAGGAAUUCCCCGUGUUGGCAGUGCAGCUGGGUCUGUGCACAGCUCUCCCCAGAUGGAAUUGCAGGAGUCCCAGGAGAUGAGGCCAAGACCCAGCACCAGAAGCCAAGAGAAGACCCUGGAGUAUGCAGCUCUGACUGGCUACCGUCUUGCCAAGAGGUUUUCCCUGGCAAGUCCCUCGAUGCUCCUUCCCUCCAAGCCGUUGCCCCCCAUCCAGAGGAGCUCUCCUUCUGCCACGCCAAGCAAGAUGUGCAGCGGAGAGCAGGAGACUGGGAAUGCUGGCAAUGUCUGGGAUGAGGACAGUAGAAAAAACGAGGAGCUCACAGCAGAGGGAAAAGGAAGAGAGACCUCCUUGCUGUGCUCCACUGGCGGGGAAAUGAAGAAGAGACAAUUGGGAAAAUCUUUGAUCCCCCGUCUACGCAAGGCAGGAAUUUUUCCUCUGGGCAGUGCUGCUGGGUCUGUGCACAGCUCUCCCCAGAUGGAAUUGCAGGAGUCCCAGGAGAUGAGCCCAAGACCCAGCAGCAGAAGCCAAGAGAAGACCCCAGAGUAUGCAGCUCUGACUGGCUACCCUCUUGCCAAGAGGUUUUCCCUGGCAAGUCCCUUGCUGUUCCUUCCCUCCCAGCCAUUGCCCCCCAUCCAGAGGAGCUCUCCUUCUGCCACGCCAAGCAAGAUGUGCAGCGGAGAGCAGGAGACUGGGAAUGCUGGCAAUGUCUGGGAUGAGGACAGUAGAAAAAACCAGGAGCUCACAGCAGAGGGAAAAGGAAGAGAGACCUCCUUGCUGUGCUCCACUGGUGGGGAAAUGAAGAAGAGACAAUUGGGAAAAUCUUUGAUUCCUCGUCUGCGCAAGGCAGGAAUUUUUCCUCUGGGCAGUGCAGCUGGGUCUGUGCGCAGCUCUCCCCAGAUGGAUUUGCAGGAGACCCAGGAGAUGAGGGCAAGACCCAGCAGCAGAAGCCAAGAGGAGAGCCCGGAGUAUGCAGCUCUGACUGGCUACCCUCUUGCCAAGAGGUUUUCCCUGGCAAGUCCCUUGCUGCUCCUUCCCUCCAAGCCAUUGCCCCCCAUCCAGAGGAGCUCUCCUUCUGCCAUGCCAAGCAAGAUGUGUAGCGGAGAGCAGGAGACUGGGAAUGCUGGCAAUGGCUGGGAUGAGGAGAGUAGAAAAAACCAGGAGCUCAGAGUAGAGGGAAAAGGAAGAGAGACCUCCUUGCUGUGCUCCACUGGUGGGGAAAUGAAGAAGAGACAAUUGGGAAAAUCUUUGAUUCCUCGUCUGCGCAAGGCAGGAAUUCCCCCUGUGGGCAGUGCUGCUGGGUCUGUGCACAGCUCUCUCCAGAUGGAUUUGCAGGAGUCCCAGGAGAUGAGGCCAAGACCCAGCAGCAGAAGCCAAGAGAAGACCCCGGAGCAUGCAGGCCUCUCACUGAGUCAGGCCAAGGAGACAGAUCAUCCCAGCAGUCCUGGUCUUAGGAGUGACAAAGAGCGGAGGGACAGCUUUGGAAAGACCCGCGCUGAAUUGUGCAGGUUGGCUAAAGAGAACUUGGAGCUGAAGAAAAUGGAGAUUUUGAUGGAAGAGAUGAAGAGGAGACAAAAUGAAAAAUCCUUGCUGCUUCCUCCAGAGACAUUUGAGCCUGGGGAUGCAGCUGAAGCAAGCUUCAGCCUACCACCUAUCAAUGGCACAGCUCCCAGUGUACAGAGAAAAGACCCUGGUAGCGCCAUGAAGAAAACGGUCGUGAGAAAGCAGGACACGGUACCCUUACAGCCCAGUACGCCCACCCUCCAUGGAGAUGGCAGCUUCCCAUGCAGCUCCUCAGCGCCCAUGGCCGACCCUGUCCUUGCAGAGACCUCGCAGACAGCCACUGGUGCCCAGCGCCGAGAGGAGCCGCUCCGUGGGCUCAGGCAGAAGGACAGAGCCUUUUCAGACCCACAGCAGGCCUUGCAGGAGGCACUGUCCUUGCUGGGCAGCGACGACUGGGAACGGAAGAAGAAGGGACUCUUGAACAUCACACUGCUGGCUGAGUCCCAUUCAGAAGUCCUGCUCUGUCGACUUCGUGAGAUUUGCUUGGCAGUUACCAGUGAGGUGACCAACCUCCGGUCCAACGUGUCCUGCUCUGCAAUUGUCACUCUGGGAGAGCUCUUUGCAAUCUUGGGGAAGGACAUGGACUCCGAGGUGGAUCAGAUUGCUGCCGUCCUUCUCCACAUGUUGCGGAACUCCCCAGAGUUUAUUCAGAAGGUAGCCUGUCAGAGCCUGGGGAUGAUGGUAGAGAACGUGACUCCUACACGAGCAAUGACUGCUCUCAUGGACAAUGGAGUCAAGAGCCGCUACGUCCCGGCACGGAAGUGUACGGCCCAACUCCUCCUGUCCUUGAUGGAGAAAAUGGGAGUCACGAAGCUUGCAGGCACACCCAGGGCUGAGAGGCUGGCACAGGUGGCAGGGACACUUGCUCAGGACAGUCACAAGGACACGAGGCAUUAUGGACAGGAGAUGGUGAAGAUGUUGCUUAGUAAUCAAAAAUUUAAAAAGCUUUUGGAACAAUCUCUUUCUACGCAUGACCUGGAAGAUAUCCUGAAGAGAAUUAAGAAGAAAGAAUACUGCCCUGCUGUCAAGCCCUGUGGAGCUGGAAGAAGCUUGGGGAUGGAAAACCAGAAGGCUGAACUCCCACCUGUGCAGGAGCCGGUGAAGAAGAGGAAUGAUGGCUCCAAGGAGCCCCAGGCCACAUCGCCUCCUAGCAAAUGGGCAAAGUCUGCCACUGGUGGACGCCGCCUACACCGUGCAAGAGCCCAGGUCACGUUACCUGUAUCUGUGGAAGAAAGGGAGCUGCUCCAGAAGCUUUACCAUCUCCUGGAAGCCAAGGCGUUCCAGACACGGAUGGAAGGAGUGGCACUCCUCCUAGACCUGUCCAAAACCAGACCCCAGCUCAUCUCCACUAACAUUGUCCAAAUUUUUGAUUAUUUUGGCCUGAGAAUCUGUGACACACAUAAGAAAGUGAAGCAGAAGGCGCUGGAGGCACUGGCAGAAAUCAUAGGACUGCUGCAGGACGCCAUGAACCCAUUGAUGAUCCGUUUGGUUGAAGGCAUAACAAAGAACCUAAACUCAAAGGAUCCCGGGGUUCAUGCUGCAGCUAUGAUGGCACUGGACCAAUCUGUUGUGCAUUUAGAUGAAGUAUCACUGAUGAAAGAGCUCUGCCACCAAUGGAGACAACUGAGUGGCCAAGCUCUGCUGGAUGUCAUGGAGCGUAUCACAGUGCUUGUGGAAUGGGCUCAUGCCAGGAGCCCUGAAGCGGUCGAGCGCUACGCCCUGCCCGUGCUCUGGUCCUGCCUGGAGAACAAGGCGCUGCCUGUGCGAAGCGCCAACGUCUGCGCUGUGGUCACCAAGCUGGCCUGUGCCCUCUGCGAGGCACUGGGCAGCCAGAUCAUUAAGUUUGCUGACAGCACACCUCCACACGUGCAGGAAAACCUCAACAGCCUUCUGGGCUGGUGAAGGUUUGAUGUUCUCCAGAAAGCGGACAAAUUUCUGAGCUGGACACCACCAGACGUGACUUUUCAGCUGUGCCAGAAAUGACAAAAUACUAAGGAAGGGUGUGCAUCUGCCCCCAUUCUGUUGUGCAUCUGCCCCCACUCUGUUAUCAGCAUUGCCCUUCCUAGUCAUGACAUGGGGGGCCUGAAGCAACUGCAGACUGAUGACAAGGUGAAGAUGAAGUAUGGAUCAGCCUCAAGUGAACCCAGACUGAGGAAAAGGUGAAGACUAAGCAUGAAUCAGCCUGAAGCAACUGCAGACUGAGGACAAGGUGAAGACCAAGCAUGGAUCUGCCUCACACAGAGAUACGACCGGCUACAGUCUUUCCAAGAAGUUUUCUCUGGACAUUUCCACUAUUCCCUUACCAGGAAAGUCCUUGCCUGCAGUCCAGAAGCGCCCUUUCUCCAAGAUCAGGAAGAAGCUGCCGACUGUCCAAAGAAUAUUUCAAGUUAGGAUUUAGGCUUUAGGAUUAUCAAGAAGAGGAUUCACCAAGAAGAGCAUUCAUCAAGAAUAGGAUUCAUCAACUAUAGGAUUCAUCCAGAUUAGGAUUCAUCAAGAAUAGGAUUCACCCAGGUUAGGAUUCAUCAAGAAUAGGAUUAUCUGCAAUAGGAGUUAGGAUUUUGGAAUAGGUUUAGGCUUCAUAGUUACGGAUGUAUCUGUGU